CCUCAAAUGCUGACAUUUUGCAUAAACGCGAGAUUGCCGAGUGCACAGAGUUUGAGUUGGGCGAAACGCGUCGCAGCAAAGGGGGCGCCUCAGCUUGUUUUCGACACCACCGCGCGCAGCCCGUUUCCCAAUCUCGUAACUGCUCUACCUACCUACAUCCACACCAGGCUUUUGUUUGCUCUUCUGAUACUCAAGAAUAACACAUAGCGUACAUCAUGGCUUCCGCAGAAACAGUUCAGCCUAAGAACUAUGUCGGUUUUGACUCGAUCACGUCUCAGAUCGAGAAGAAGCUGCUGAAAAGAGGCUUCCAGUUCAAUGUCAUGUGUGUCGGUCCUACUGGAAGCGGAAAGUCGACUUUGAUAAAUACCCUCUUCUCGUCGCACCUGAUAGACUCAAAGGGACGAACCUCCCCUGCUGAGCCCAUUCACCAGACCACCGAGAUUCAGACAGUCUCUCAUAUGAUUGAGGAGAACGGUGUUCGUCUACAGCUCAACAUCGUCGAUACCCCCGGAUACGGCGAUAAAGUCAACAAUGAGCGCUGCUGGGAUCCCAUCGUCAAGUACCUCAAAGAUCAGCACUCGGCUUAUCUGCGCAAGGAGCUCACUGCCCAGCGCGAGCGUUACAUUCCCGACACCCGUAUCCACUGCUGUCUUUUCUUCAUCCAGCCUACCGGCCACUCACUCAAGCCCAUCGAUAUCGUUGUCCUCAAGAAGCUCAUGGACCUGACCAAUGUCAUUCCCGUGAUUGCCAAGUCUGACGCGCUCACUCCCGACGAGCUUUCCGCGUUCAAGGAGCGCAUUCGUGAAGAGUUCCAGGCUAACCACCUGAGAAUGUAUCCGUACGACAGCGAGCUUCUGGACGAGGAUGAGCGUGCGAUGAAUGCCCACAUCAGAAGCAUGGUGCCUUUUGCAGUCGUAGGCUCCGAGACCGACAUUGUUAUCAACGGAAAGUCUGUUCGUGGCCGCAAGAACCGCUGGGGAGUCAUCAAUGUUGAGGAUGAGAGCCAUUGCGAGUUUAUUUCUCUGCGCAACUUCCUGACGCGUACCCACCUGCAGGACCUGAUCGAGUCCACAUCACUGAUCCACUACGAGACCUUCCGCGCCAAGCAGCUGCUGUCAUUGAAGGAGAGCAACACGCAGCAGCAACAGGCUGACCGCAACCGCCCGCUGAGUCCCGCGGGAUCGGCAGGAAACCCGGGAAUAUACCCGCGCGGAUUGUCUGCUGGUAGCGGACACUGAACGGGCUUUACACAAUAACGGCAGUGAGCGAGUGCCAUGAAGAUCAUGCUGGUAUUAUUAUUAUUAGUAGUUUCGUGAGUCUGUACACGAAUAAACACGGCGAUAUAAAAAGGAGUUGGAAUUCUUUACAAGUACUUUUUUGCUCUUUUGUUAUUGUUCUUAUAUUGUUUUUAUUAUUGUUAUAUCUCUCUCGGCUUGUAAAGCCCGUGCUCUGUCUUGUUUUCCAAUCAAUCGUCCUUAGGUAGUUUAUAAACUGUUAAUCGGAUUCUCCUCUGUCAGAUCGCCACAUGAUGUGCGGCGGCCGCAAAUCCCAGACUGGCAG